AUGAAUCUCGCUGCUAGUUUUCGCGGCAAUUUCGGCGUCUUGUCGCAAUGCAGCUCAUGUUGCAGUCUUCAGUUUCAGCCCUUUGUGGCUACUUCCAGUCUCGAUUUUGGGAAAACAGGGACAUCUCGAAGAAAGAAGGAUCUAAAGCUGUUCCCAGUUCAAAGAAAGAGAGAGAAUUUAUGUAGAGUGACGGAUACACAAACGGAACCAGAUGCGAAUAACGAUGAGGAAAAUGGUGAGGAAGACAAAGAGGCUUUAGCUGAUGAUCCUCCUUCACAAAUUCCUACUGAGUUGAUUCCACAGUCAACAGUUGUGAAUGAAGCGCCGGGCAAUGAGGAGGAAAACAAAGUUCAGUUGAGCUCUCAGGACGGUGAUAAAUUAGAAGUUAGCGCCGGUUCUCCUCUUCCUGGUGUGAAACCGUUACAGUUGGAUGAUUCCAUGAGACUCCCCAAAGAAACCAUUGAUAUUCUCAAGGACCAAGUAUUUGGGUUUGACACCUUCUUCGUUACAAGCCAAGAACCAUAUGAGGGUGGGGUGUUGUUCAAAGGAAAUCUAAGAGGCCAGGCUGCUAAAAGCUACGAGAAGAUAAAGAUAAGAUUGGAGAAUAAAUUUGGUGAUCAGUACAAGCUUUUCCUCCUUACCAAUCCAGAGGAUGAUAAACCUGUGGCUGUUGUUGUUCCUCGAAGGUCCUUGGAGCCCGAGACAACAGCUGUUCCUGAAUGGUUUGCUGCUGGUUCUUUUGGAUUGGUGGCAUUGUUUACAUUGUUUCUCCGUAAUGUGCCCGCCUUGCAAUCCGACUUACUAUCGGCAUUUGACAACCUCGAGCUGUUGAAAGAUGGCUUACCGGGAGCUCUAGUCACCGCUCUUGUCCUUGGAGUUCAUGAAUUGGGUCACAUUAUAGUUGCAAAUAACCUAGGGAUAAAGCUUGGUGUUCCAUUCUUUGUUCCAAGUUGGCAGAUAGGCUCUUUCGGUGCUAUAACGAGAAUCAAAAACAUCGUACCCAAGCGAGAAGAUCUUUUGAAGGUUGCAGCUGCAGGACCUUUGGCCGGAUUUUCUCUGGGUUUGGUUCUGUUUCUUGUAGGAUUAAUCUUGCCUCCUAGUGACGGCAUUGGCGUUGUAGUUGACGCAUCAGUGUUUCACGAAUCCUUCCUCGCUGGUGGUAUUGCAAAGCUCCUACUCGGGGAUGUACUCAAGGAAGGAACUUCGAUAUCCGUGAACCCGCUUGUGAUCUGGGCAUGGGCUGGACUUCUCAUCAAUGGCAUUAACAGCAUCCCUGCGGGAGAGCUCGAUGGCGGUAAAAUCGCUUUCGCCAUUUGGGGUAGAAAGGCCUCGACACGGCUCACGGGUCUCUCCAUAGCGCUUCUGGGGCUAUCUGCGUUGUUCAGUGACGUGGCAUUCUACUGGGUGGUUCUGAUAUUCUUCCUGCAGCGUGGACCCAUCGCGCCGCUGGCUGAAGAAAUCACGGUUCCUGACGAGAAGUAUGUGUAUCUAGGAAUCCUUGUUCUCUUCCUCUCCUUGCUUGUGUGUUUGCCUUACCCAUUUGCUUUCACCGUUGAAGACGCCAUGAUGAUUGGCUUGUGA